AUGCUUCCUGAACUUUUUUACAUUAUCAAUUUUUCUAUUUCAAUUUCGGCUGCGAUCAUUGCGUUAACGACUGCUUUCCUAAUUCUAAUCACCGUCAUUUGUAUUCGUUCCUGCCGUACAAUUCCCAAUCUUCUCAUUUGUAACACAUCAGUAGCAACAAUACUCUACUAUUUACUCAAUCUCGUCUCGAUUUUCUAUGCACUUCAAAACGAUUGGGAACAGCAUCAACCUGGUUGCGUUUUUCGUGCGUAUAGUUACACUGCUCUAUGUGCUGCUCUUUGUUAUUCAUAUUCGAUCCACGCCAUAAGUCGUCUACUCUUCACUGUUUUCUACACACAUAAAUCUCUUCAAACAUGGUUUAUUCAUUGGAUGAUGAUUAUCAUCAGUUGGUCAAUUAGCAUUCUCACACCAACGAUACCAUUAUUUUUCCAGCAUGGAUAUCAAUUAGAAAACGAGUCUCGUAUUUGCUUGCCGACAGUGAAAAUCUUCUCGACUGCGAUAUGUUCAGUACUGAUUGCUUUUAUUAUUCCUCUGAAUAUCGUAGCAAGUGUCUAUAGUAGUAUCUUCUUUUAUGCAUGGAAGUCAACAUAUCGAAUUCGAAGUUUGAAUUCUCAUGCAACGAAUCUGAUGAUUUCAAGUCACACUCGAUUACUUAAAGUGAAACGUGAAAUAAAACUAAUGCAGAAGAUUCUAGUGCUAAUCUGUCUUGUUCUUUUCGGUGGUACACCUUAUUUCAUUCUCGUUUUAUGGCAUGUUUUGUUGGAAGAAUCUCCACCGGAACCAUUCUAUUUAUUAAGCACGAAUUGUAUAGCCAUUUUUAUAUCACUAAAAAUGAUCACGUUAUUUUGUAUGUGCAAACAAAUAAAAACGAAUGUGUUGCAUUAUCUAUUAAAAUUGCAACGAUAUUAA